AUGCUCGCGGCUUCUUUCGUCUUAGUGGUGGAGAUAUUAGAGAAUCUAGCGUAUCUAGCUAAUGCGAGUAACCUCGUGUUGUACCUAAGAGAGUACAUGCACUUGUCUCCUUCCAAAUCGGCGAAUGAUGUCACUAAUUUCAUGGGCACAGCUUUUCUCUUAGCUCUUCUCGGUGGUUUUCUCUCCGAUGCUUUCUUCUCGACUUUCGUCAUCUUUCUCAUCUCUGCCUCCAUUGAGUUUCUGGGAUUGAUCAUACUCACAAUCCAAGCUCGUACACCGUCCUUAAUGCCACCAUCGUGCGAUGGUCCGACGUGUGAAUCAGUGAGUGGAUCAAAGGCGGCAAUGCUGUUUGUGGGAUUGUACCUUGUGGCUCUAGGAGUUGGAGGGAUCAAAGGGUCAUUACCAUCUCACGGAGCAGAGCAAUUCGAUGAGAGUACACCUAAAGGUCGGAAACAGAGGUCAACGUUCUUCAACUACUUCGUGUUCUGUCUUGCUUGUGGAGCACUCGUGGCCGUUACGUUUGUGGUUUGGUUAGAAGACAACAAAGGAUGGAAAUGGGGAUUUGGUGUUUCUACCAUUGCAAUCUUCGUCUCGAUUCUCAUCUUUCUCUCUGGUUCAAGCUUUUAUAGGAACAAGAUCCCUUGUGGAAGUCCUCUAACUACAAUCUUGAAGGUCCUUCUUGCUGCUUCGGCUAAGUGUUGCGCGAGUGGAAGUUCAAGCAAUGCGGUUGUGAAUUUGGCUAUUAGUCCUUCUAAUCAUUGCGUACCGAAGGGGAAAAAAGAAGAAGUUGUUAAAUCAGAAGGAGAACUCGAAAAGCUGCCUCCUCAAGAAUCCGUGCCUCCUAAGGCAGAACUAACCAACAGUUUGAGAUGCUUAAACAGAGCUGUGGAGGAGAGACCCAUCCAUAGAUUGUUAGAAUGUACGGUCCAACAAGUCGAGGAUGUGAAAGUUGUGCUCAAAAUGCUUCCGAUAUUUGCUUGCACUAUCAUGCUUAAUUGCUGCUUAGCUCAACUCUCUACAUUCUCGGUCCAACAAGCUGCUUCGAUGAACACAAAAAUCGGAAACCUAAAGAUUCCUCCAGCUUCGUUACCGGUCUUCCCCGUCGUUUUCAUCAUGAUCCUAGCACCUAUCUAUGACCAUCUCAUCAUCCCAUUCGCUAGAAAAGCAACCAAAACCGAAAUGGGAAUCACUCAUCUACAAAGAAUCGGAGUAGGUUUAGUUCUUUCGAUAUUGGCAAUGGCGGUUGCAGCUCUCGUUGAGAUUAAACGAAAGGGAGUGGCGAAAGACAAGGGUUUGCUUGAAUCACAAGAAACCUUACCCGCAACUUUCCUAUGGAUCGCACUUCAGUAUCUAUUCCUAGGUUCAGCUGAUCUGUUCACACUAGCUGGAUUACUAGAGUUUUUCUUCACAGAAGCACCGUCCUCUAUGAGAUCACUAGCGACGUCGCUCUCGUGGGCUUCCUUGGCAAUGGGGUAUUACCUAAGCUCGGUGAUCGUUUCGAUAGUGAACAGCAUAACAGGGAGUUCAGGGAAUACACCUUGGCUCAAAGGAAGACACAUAAACAGUUACAAACUAGACUACUUCUAUUGGCUAAUGUGUGUUCUAAGUGCAGCUAACUUCUUGCACUAUCUCUUCUGGGCAAUGCGUUACAAGUACAGAUCAGCAGGUUCAAGAAGCUAA